AGAGGGCUGCUACAUAUACAGACAAUCCGCCACCGGAUUAUCACAGACCACAGGAUUAACUACUGGGGGGGAAAAGAAAAGAAAAACCCCGGACGGACUUUACGUUGGUUUUUAUUCUAAAGAAAUCAUCAGAUUUGAGAAUAUGAGUAAGGACACGGCGGUCGACAUGAAGGAAGUGGAGCUCAAUGAGCUGGACCCAGAGAAGCAGCCCAUGACAGGUGAUGGCCAGGCUGCAGGAGGGGAGAAAAAUGGCAGCGUCAAGCUGAAGGUCCCAGAGGACGAGGUUACAUUCACCGGCCUGUCCAAAGACGAGCUGAUGAAGGUAGCUGGCACCCCAGGAUGGGUGCGAACCCGUUGGGUGCUCCUCGUCCUGUUUUGGCUGGGCUGGUUGGGCAUGCUGGCUGGAGCCAUAGUGAUCAUAGUCCAGGCCCCUCGCUGCAAACCCAUCCCUGAGAUGAACUGGUGGAACGAAGGACCUCUGUACCAGAUCUCUGAUGUUAAUGCUUUCUCUGACGGAAUUGCAGGUGUUGAAGCAAGGCUGGACGAAAUCAACAAGCUGAAAGUUAAAGGCCUGGUACUGGGCCCUUUUCACACCGUUCAGGCCGGAAAACCGGACACCCUGAAUCUUAAAGAGAUCGACCCGACCCAGGGGAAUGAGAAAGCCCUUGUCGCCGUGCUGGAAAAGGCCCACAAGAAGGGCAUUUCUGUUGUGCUUGACCUGACUCCAAACUACCAGGAAGCUUCUUCCUGGUUCAACACUGGUGAUGUUGGAGCUGUGAUGGAGGAAGUCAUGGCUGGAGCAGAGUAUUGGAUGGAACGGGAUGUUGAUGGCAUCAAGGUGUCUGACAUUACUGUUGCCACCAGCUCUGUGGAUUGGUCAAAGCUGCAGUCUGCUGUCCAGAUCAAUAGUACUGAAAACCCCAAGAAGAGGUUGCUGAUGGGUGUGGUUGAAAGUACUUCUGCUCAGGCGGUGUCUCAGCUCGUGAACACAACGGGUGUCGAUCUGAUUCUGUCCAACCUGCUCAGCAGCGAAAAAGGAGGUGUGGAGCGCAUCAUGGCCAUGGACACCCUUAACUCUCAGCAGAGGAGCCUCGGCUGGGGUCUGGGCGCCGCCCAGCGCGACCAGCUGUCUAAACAGGCAUCGACUCCAGCCCUGAUCCGCCUCUACCAGCUCCUGCUGUUCACCAUGCCCGGAACCCCUGUGUUUACCUACGGAGAUGAAAUCGGCCUUCAGGCAGUGGGUUCAGAAUCUCCUAAAAUGGUUUGGGACAUAGAGAAGGAACCUGAAGAAGGAGCUGCUGUCAACGAGACUGCUGAGGCUGAGCGGACGGAGCGCGUCGCUGUAAAGAAGUGGUUCAAAUCCCUCAGCGAACUGCGAGGAAAGGAGCGCUCCCUCCUUCACGGAGACUACUACUCUCUCUUCUCCUCCAACUCCUCCCUCUCUUUCCUCCGUGUGUGGGACCAGAGCGAAAGAUACAUAACAGCCGUAAACUGGGGAUCAGCAUCAGAGUUGCUCGCACUCAAACUGGCACCAACAGAAGGAGUAGAGCUUCCAGAGAAGGCCAUAGUGAAGCUGUCAACUGAUCCAGACCUGGUGGUGGAAUCCAAAAUCAUCCUGGACAAAAUCACCCUAAAACCGGGACAAGCAAUCCUUCUGCAGUUCCCCUAUUUAGGCUAAAGAUGGAGCCAGAGUAUAAGGAAAGCUACUUACAGAUUAGACUUGGUUUUAAUGCAAAGAAACUACAGUCAGUCCUAAUCCUUAGGAAUAAAGUGGCAUAUUCAAAAGAUACAGGAUUUAUUUGAACAGAAAGGACUUUUCAGAUUAUUUAGUCAGAAAAUAAAUUAAUUAGGUCGAAUUAAAUCUGCCAUACAAAUACAGAAUGUUGGCCAGUACCAUCUCCGUUCAAUUCUUUUUUGGUUUACUUUUUGUUUAGUUUUUUUGUGCAAGAAAGAGACACAGCCACCUCAGACACACUUUCAUGUUCAUUUGUGAUCUUUUAUUGUUGACUAUCUGUGCAUUGUCCAAAUAUGUGAAAGACAUUCCAUUUUUAUUUGUUGAGCAUUUCAUUAGCAGUCCUUAUUCAUUUUUUUUUUUUCAUAUGAUUUUAUUUAUCAUAACUUUUAAGGUUAUGUUUUAGUGAAAAUUUUACUCUCGCGUGGACUAUUUUUUUUAUUUUAUUUUUUCCUCACUAAAAGACAUUUCAGUUUUAAUUUCAAGUUAACUCUGAAAAUGUGUGUUGACUCAGUCUUUUGAGAAGUUUAGUAAACCAAAAUAGUUGCGAAUGGCAUCAAGUCCGUCAGGUGAACUGGAUUGGAAAUGAAUAAAUGGAAAGUUCUGUACUGA